UUGUAUAUAUUUUCUAUAAUAUUCUAGAAAUAUUAAAGUGUAUACAUAUAUCAAAUAUAUAUUUUUCUGCGUUCGUUUAUGAGCGUUUGCACAGGAGAACAUAAAUAGGAGUUAAUGCGAGUCUUUUACGCUCAGUUAGCGUUAGCGCUCAAACGUUACAGGACCGAGCCUGUUCACAUGGAGUGACCCUAGCUGGUGUUCUUUCACACCGUGAGCCAGUGCCAAUGAAAGUUCACAAGCAGUAACCAUGAAGGUGCACAAAGUCUCCUCUCGCUCCAGACACGAGCAUCGAAAUACCACGAAACGCCACAUGAAAAACAAGUGGCGCACCCACGGGAAGAAAAUCCGCCACGCGGACCCCUCCAGCCACAGCCCGGGGCCUUCGACAGCAAAGAUUGAGAACGAGCUUGUUAACAGACAGAAGCCCAAAGUGAAACGGUUACAGAAGUCUUACGCCAAGGCUGCGGCUGUACUGUCCGAAGAUGGACAUUUAUCACAGGCGAAAAGCAAAGCUGUGACUGCGCCUCACGUCACCGCCAACGGAGGUACUGAGCUGGAGAGCGACUCGGAGGAUUCCCAGGACUGGAGGUCUUACGCCAAGAGUGUUCUUCAGAACGGUUUGGAGAAGGAAGGAGGUGAAGGGAACUCUGUUUCGAAUCAGUUAGAGGAAGAGGAGGUGUCUGAAUACCACGCCCAGUAUGACCACUCCCAGAACCACACAGUGUUGGUCCUGAAGCAAGGCCAGUCGCUGUGUUUUCGGGGGAAAUGCCUGCUCACGUGCCUGAGCGGUCGUGUGGAAGUGCUGGGCUUCACGAUAGAGCAGGGCCAGCAGCCUUAUCCUCUCUUCUCACCUGUGUCCCACUGUCCCCUCACCAUCAGGGGCAUGACCGACUGCUCGGCUUCAGCCAAGAGCAGGAAGGAAAGCCGACUGGAGGCCAGGGCCAUCGUCCGCAAGUACCUCUUGUCAGAGCCUCCGAAGAGACUGCUGAGUGAGGUGAAUGCUGACUCGUGCGUGGUGCUGCUUCAGCCGCUGGACACGGCGCUCACACGCUUCCUCGGCAGCUUUGGUGAACUCGGUCAACUCUUUGGCCUGAGCUCGAAGGAGCUGCGCUCCGAGACUGCCGUAUGUAACGCAGCUCUCUCAGCCGUGGGCGUCACGGCGCUGCAGGGUUCCUGUGCACGCGGCCUGGUGGCAUCCAACAGCUAUAAAGAGGCCCUCAGUAGCCUGCUCAGUGCCUGGGAAGGGGAUUUUGAUCGCUGUCCCAUUAUUCUCGUGUGUGGGUCCAAAAACUCUGGCAAGUCGACCUUCAACAGACAUCUCAUCAACAGCCUUCUUAACCACACUGCAAGCGUAGAGUAUUUGGAGUGUGAUCUUGGCCAGACUGAGUUCACACCUCCCGGGUGUCUCUCCUUAAUCACAGUGACCGAGCCACUGCUAGGCCCUCCGUUUACACACCAGCGAGAGCCGGAGCACAUGGUGUUUUACGGACAGGCAGACUGCCAGGCUGAUCUAGACCGCUACCUGGACUCGCUCAAAUCCCUGUGGAGACACUACAGUGGAGAGAACCCAGUCAUCAUUAACACCAUGGGAUGGGUGAAAGGUCAUGGUUUCCAGGUGCUGGUGGACCUCAUCCGCUUCUUCUCCGUCACCCAUGUUGUGCAGCUGAGCUACGGCGACACGCCCCAGUGCCAUACUCUCACCCCCGACUUCCUGCGCUCUGCCCACGGCUGGCACACGCAUCCCCCAGCGCAGUCGGCCCUGGCAGAGGAUCCAGCCAAUCAGCUCACAGGGCGGGGUCACAUGCUGCUCAGCAUCCACUCCGAGUUCGAAGGGGCCGGGACCGCUGGGGAAAUGCGUCACCAGCGCAGUAACGAGCUGCGUGACCUGGCAUUGCUGGGUUACUUCAGCCAGCUACAGUCUGCCGAACCCGGCCCCAUCCGCCCCCUGCACUGCUUCACCCCCUACCAGGUGCCCCACUCGGCUGUAGCUCUCGGAGUCACUCACUGCAACGUGGCACCCAACCACAUCCUGUACACUGCUAAUGCCAGUUUAGUGGCUCUGUGCUGUCUGAGUGAAAAAGUGGCAGGAAGAGGUGGACCUGUGCUGCUGUCUCAGACACCCAUCUGUCAGUGUGUGGGCUUAGGUGUUCUCAGAGGGGUGGACGUGGCUCGAGGGCUCUACUUUCUAGUCACACCAGUGCCUCCUGCGAGCCUGAGGCAGGUCAACUGCCUGCUACUAGGGGAGAUCACGCUGCCUAGAAUCCUCCUCGCCGUCCAGCAUGGUGUUGAAACUGAGCUGCCUUACAUCACCACCGAUUACAGCUUCGAGGUUGCCGGCGCAGGAAAAGUCCACGUUUACAAAGGGCUCACAAGAUCGUGUUUUGUCAAAGCUAAAACGAACAACUAAGCUCUCGUGUAUGGACUUCACUUUCAGCGAAUGAUGUUUGUAUCGAUGUAAUUGUUUUAUAUACCAAAUAAAGAGGCUACAGCUGCCAAUGUACAGAA